UGGUUUUCAAUUAGUGGGUCCUUCUCUGCUGCUGCAGGGAGAGGGGAUUAGAGGUGGGUCAUGAGCCAAGAGAUAAAACCUCCUGAAACAGGAGCUGGGCAGUGCCUUGGUGGGCAGCUGGUGGGCUGGGAGUGUUGGACUCUAGAUGCUUAGGGGUGGUCCUGCCUGCCUUUAGUUUCCUUUUUAAAAAACAAGAAGGGCAGAAGUGGUCCAAGCAGCUAGAGGAGGCUGUGGGCUCCCCACCAUGGUAAGGGGGUAUCUCCUGGCCCUGCUGUUGGCCCUACGAGGCAGCCCUGGGCACGCAGGGGAGUACUGCCACGGCUGGGCCGGCAGCCCGCAGAGCUGGCACCACGGCUUCCAGUGCCCGGAGCACUACGACAGCCCGGAGGCUGCCCUGUGCUGCGGGACCUGCACCUUGCGCUACUGCUGCUCAGCCAGGGAGGCCCGCCUGGACCAGGGACGGUGCCCUGGGGACCAGCAGCAGCCCAGCCCCAGGCCCCCGGUGCCAGUACCCGUGUACCUGCCAUUCCUUCUUGUUGGAUCUGUGUUUGUGGCAUUUGUUGUUGGUGGUGCCUGUGUUGGAAUUUGCUGCUGCAAGUGCUUAAAAUCCCAGGAUGAGGAGCAGCAAAGUGGACUUGCACCUGGUCAGACUUGGCUACUAGAACCUGAUCUUCCUUCUCGCCUCUCCAGCUCUAGCUCUGCCACCAGAAGCUCCCUGAGUAGUGGCCCUCAGACCAGCAGCAUCUGCACGACUCUAGCCCCCUCUCUUCCUGUCAUUGCCUUGGCUGAAGACGCUCGGUUCUUAAGUUCUCCACCUCCCAGUGGGCAGCUCUUGUACCCUUUACAUGCCAGCCACAGAAUGCCCCCUGAGCACACCACGCUAGCAACUCCAGCACCCUUCCUCAAAAGAACAAUCUACGGGCACGGUGCCAAUGCGUGCCCUAUCAGCGCACCACCAGGUGACCGAAUGAUGUACUCAGGAGGUCACGUCUGAGAAGACGACGCAUCAGUGCACAGCUGGGGCUGGAUUCUCCUUCACUACUAUAAAAACUUCUUUGGAACUGAAAUGAGGACUUGCAAGUGUUUAAAGGCAUUACGAAGUGCGCCAGUCUUGGUUUUCCAUAUUUCCAAAGAUAACGUUUUUAGGCCCUUUGUUUUUAACCUGUAUUAUUUUUAAUGCAAUCGAAAAGGGUGAGAUUCUGAGGACUUUAUUCCUGUUCAAGGAAUGACUGAAUCUGUAGAAAUGUUUCACUCUUCACCUACUCCUUUCAAGCUGCCAUACCGUGCCCCACGGGACAUGUCAGAGGACUUGAUUUCUGUUCCUGUAGCUGUGUCACUUCUCAGCAGCUUCUGUUAGGACAGGGAGGCGUGCCUCAGUGCAUUUACUAAUUGUGGACACAGGAAGACUGUACUUUAUCUACACACUUCUAUCAGUGACCUGAUUCAAGAUGGUAAAACACUGCCAGUGGUUUGCCUGCCCCUGAUGAGCUAGGAGCAACUUCUAGCCCUAAAUUCAGUAAAAUGUGUGUUUAAUACAGAUACUGGGGGAAGGUAAUAAAACAAUGUAUGUUUCCUCUCCUCUAACGGCCUGGUAGUCUUUUUUUCUUCCUCACAUCAUUGGCCAUUUCAAACGGAUAAUGAAUUUUAGGGAAAAGUAAACACAAAAGGAGACUCCAGUCAGUCUGAAUCUUCAGUUUUCUGAAUACAUGCUGGAGAAACUUGCCUACUCUGACUCUGUUAAGAUGCAUGCUGCCUGACUGCAGCCAUCCCCUUCACAGCAGGACGCUGACAGGAAGAAGUUGUCAAAAUAUACUACUCACUGCUGGAGCGUUUUAAUACUUCCUCGCAGCACAGAAACCCGAGUGGUUAUACUGUGAAGGCAUGGUAAAAGGCCUCCACAGGUGUUAGCACUAAGAGCAGGGACCAAGGCUUAAAAAUCUUGUGUGUAUAAAAAGAAAAUGCUAAAGCCUUUCCUGUGUUAGUAGUGCCUAUCAAAGGGGAAGCUGGCACAAUAAAGAUUUGUGGACGCUUCACUUGUAAAUCAAGGGGACUGAUGCUCUUUCACAAGGAAUGUGUGACCUUAGGCUACUUUAUGCAUAUUUUACUGCAGAAUUUUACUUCUUGCUCUAGCGAUCAGCAUGUCCUACAGUCAUGCUAAGCUCACAUGUAUCCUGCCACCCAAGUCUGUAGGGGCAAGCUGACAUAGCUGGAGAACUUCCUGACUUUUUCGUGGGUGUGAAUUAGAAAUUCCACAAUUUAGCUGACCCAGGGCUGUGACUUAAGCUUGCCUGCCCAGUUCCUCUUGAAAUUGGACUAAGAAUAUAAGCACGAAAACAAAAUACCCUAAAAAUAAAAGCUUUCCCAAAAUACCAAGUCUCAAGUGUUAUCUGCUUGCUUUAGCUCUGAAAAAAUAACAAGUUCAGGCUUCAGGAAACACUAGCUUGAACUUAAAAGCUGUCGUCCUUUUUACAGUAAGGGAAAUGUCAUUGGGAUUUAUGGAUAACUAUGCCAAUACAAAGUACUGCAGCAGGAAUGCUGAUUUUUAAAGUUAGGUUUCAAACUUGUAUUGCUGGAAGCACUUAGAAAAUGGUUUCAUUUUUUCUAAAGUACUUGUUUGCAGUUGGCUUAGGAAAAUCUGCAGCGGAAUGAAGUAUUUUAUCUGGUUAACGGUCAAUCCUGACAGUACACAAUGGCAAAAACUCGAGGCAGUUCAGAGACAAAUAAACAAGAUAUCCUUCCUGAUGCUCUUUGUGCUGACAGAUACUCAGCUAGUUUUAUCAGCCAGUGGUUGUUCUAGCACAGCUUUUCCUGAACUAGAAAGGUAAAGGGAUAUGUGACCCGAUAGGCAGUACACCUAAGCCUCAUACUGUAGUGUAUGUAGGCCUCACAUUGAAUUCAACAGAAAUGGAAAUCUCUCCAGGAUGCAGCUCCAGGAGAAGGUUUUAAAUUUAAUAAGGGACCAGAGCAAUAGCUUUCCGGAUACCAUAAGGCAGAAAAGCGUCAAGAGGUUCACUUGUAACCCUAAGCAAUUAAAGAGAAGGAAGCUGAUCAGAACUGAGGAACACACAAGCUAAAUGCCUCUGUGCAUGCUGCCUUAAUUGCUCCCCGGCUAGGAUUAGCAGCGUGUUUGGAGUCAGCAAGCCUUCCUCUCCCCCACCUUUCCCUGGAUGCUCUGCACCACAAAAACAGACGGAAAGCAAGCUGAGUGGCUUAGCUGAGCACUCUCUGACAAAGGUGGUUUGUUUGAGAGCGCAAGAUUUUCC